UAUGAAACGUGGGUUUAACUUUUGUCCGGAACAUACCUAUGUUCUGGAUAAGCAUUUUUCCCACUCGAACAAGAGAACUCCAUUCUCUCGUCGGAGGUGUUCCAAUGGAGGCUCUGGGACUUCCUUCUCUCAAUAGUCUAUCCAAUUCGCGCUUUAAUUUUCAGGAACUAAGAAGAAUCACUCACUUCCUCCCUAAACCAUCACAUUUCAGAAGCACUGAUUCGCAGCUUUCUUCUCUCUCUCGAACCCACCAUUUUCGAGGGGUUGGCAUUCGAAUGCAAGCUGACAAUGAAGAUUACGAGUUGAAACAAGCCAAGGAUAUGGCUGCUGCUAGGAAGAGAUGGGAAGCUUUGGUCAGAGAUGAAAAAGUUAAAGUCCUAACACCAAGCCAAGCUGGGUAUGCAAUUCAACUUUCUAACAAAACUUUGCUUGAUGUUCGCCCAUCUACAGAACGCAAAAAGGCAUGGGUUAAAGGCUCAACCUGGAUUCCCAUAUUUGAAGUCGAUAACAGAUUGGAUUCAGGCACAGUUUCCAGGAAGGUCACAAGUUUUGUGAUGGGGGGCUGGUGGAGCGGUACGCCUACUUUGUCGUAUGAUAGCCAGUUCUUGUCAAAAGUUGAAGAGAAGUUCCCAAAAGAUACAGAUCUUAUAGUGGCAUGUCAGAAGGGAUUGAGAUCCCUCGCUGCGUGUGAACUACUGUACAAUGCUGGAUACAGAAACCUUUUCUGGGUUCAAGGGGGCCUAGAAGCUGCGGAAGAGGAGGAUCUUGUCAUAGAAGGUCCCCAGCCAAUUAAGUUUGCUGGUAUUGGUGGGGUUUCAGAAUUUCUUGGUUGGACCGAUCAACAAAGAGUUCAAGCUGCCAAGGAAGGUUGGGGCUACCGGUUACUGUACUCUGCGCGUCUGGUUGGACUCUUUCUUGUUGCCGAUGCUUUGUUUCUUGGCGCUCAGCGAGUAGGUAGUUACAUUCAAGAGUUAAGAUCGCAUUGAGAUUCCACAGAUGCGUGGGAAUGUGGUCAUCGAGGGAUAAAAUUCUAAAGUAGCAGAUUUCUAGCAACAGAACAAUUUUCCAGAGUAUUGCAAUUUUGGUCUCUCGAGUUUUCUCUUUAAACUUUCAUCUUGUUAAUUAUGUUUUUUGAUCUUUGAUGCAAUCAACUAUGAUUUCAGCCGCACGCCGAUGUAGUUUUAGCAACCUGCAAUUGCCACAGAAAUGUUUAUUCAAUGCAGUUCUCUUGUAAUUAGUCAAUCAGUUCUUUAGAUUAGAUUUGUCGUACCAAGUUAUGCACGUGUUCUACGAAGCCACUUGUAAUUGUAUUCCACCUUUAUGCCUUCUCUUUUUACUGCUAAUUUCACGGCUUCUUGUUGGAAUAUGGCGAAGUACACUUUCUUAUUGUCAUCAGUGCAUUUUCUUCCUCUAUUUCCAGAAUGAGGCUAUGUACAUAGUUAUACUUGAAGCGAAGGCAAUGUAUUUCCAAAAUACUAGCUUCUU